CGGCAAUCUCCGCUGUGGGGCUGGCCGGAGCUGCCCGUCGGUGACACGCGUUCCUGAUGGGCGGAGUUGGCUCUCCCGCGCCCUGCCUUGCCCUGCCCUGGAUGUGGGAAAGGGAGCAGCCCAGGCGCGCUCUCUUCGCCUCCUUCUCGGUGGAGUCGAGCAGCAUGGAUGCGGGCUCUGGCCCCAUCAUCAGCCCAGUCUCCCAUCUCCAGGAAGGCCCUUUCAGCUGCCCCAUCUGCCUCGACGCCCUCAAGGACCCGGUCACCACCCCUUGCGGCCACAACUUCUGCCUGAGCUGCCUCGGGGCGCACAGGCACCACCCGGGGGCCGUCGCGGCGGGAAGCGGCGCGCCAAGUAACUCCCGCUGUCCGCUCUGCCAGGAACCUUUCCCGGCCGACCUCCAGCUCCGGAAGAACCACACCCUGGCCGAGCUGCUGCAGGUCCGGCAACCCGCCCCGAGCAGCCCGGGGCUGGCUAUGGCCCCCGACAAGCCGCCGGAGCCGUGCGCGCCCGGCGACUCUUGCGCGCCGUCGGAGGACGCGCCGCCCGAAGAGGUGCUGUGCGACUUCUGCACCGACGGGGAGCGCGCCAGGGCGGCGCAGUCGUGCCUGGUGUGCCUGGCGUCCUUCUGCUCCCCGCACCUGCAGCCUCAUCUCAAAAGCCCCGCUUUCCAAGGCCACCGGCUGGUGCCGCCCUUGCGGCACAUCGAGGAAAGCCUCUGCAAGCUGCACCUCAAGCCCCUGGAGAGCUUCUGCCGGACGGACCGGAGCUGCAUCUGCCAGCUGUGCAAGGCCCAAGAGCACCGGGGCCAUGAAGUGGUGGCGGUGGAGGUGGAGCGGGAGCACGUGGAGGCCCAAAGACCCAAAAUCCUGAACAGCGUUGAGAAUCAGUUGGAUGAACUUGGAGUCACUAUUGCGCAGACAAGGAGGACUGUGGACCUCAUCAAAGGCACUGCUCAGAAAGAGAAGGAAAAGGUCAGCAAACUCUUUGCCGAGACGGCCAGGGUCCUUGCAGCCUUUCAGAAGGAAGUCCUUGGCUUCAUUGAAGAUGGGGAAAGAGCAAUGCUGAUUGGAGCAGCGGAGGAGCUGCGGCAGAAGGAAGAGAGGCGUGACACACUGACCGAACACAAGCGGAACCUGGAGAAGGUUCCCAGCACAGACACCAUCUCUUUCCUGCAGGAGUUCCAAGCACUGAAAAUAGCCACCGAAGAGAAAAGCUUCUCAUGUGCAAGUUUCCCCAAAGAGCUGAGCUUCAUCAAAUCCAGCCAGGCCGUGCUCGCUGUGAAGGAAAUGCUAGUGAACAUCUGCAAGAACCGGUGGGACCAGCUCUCAGGGAACGGAGACGAAGGGCCCAUUCUUUAUGGCAUGCCAGAAGUGACCAUUGAGCCCCCGAUUCCAGAAAAAAGCAGCAACCCCGCCUGUUUGGAGUCCCGAGAUUAUUUUCUCAAAUUUGCCUUCAUCAUCGACUUGGACAGCGACACUGCCGACAAAUUCCUCCAGCUGUUUGGGACCAAGGGAGCCAAGCGGGUGCUGAACCCCAUCGCGUACCCCGAGACCUCGACCAGGUUUGUCAACUGCGAGCAGGUGCUGGGCGAGAACUUAAUGAACCGAGGCAACUACUACUGGGAAGUGGAGAUCAUCGACGGCUGGGUGAGCAUUGGCGUCAUCACGGAAGGCUACAACCCGCAGGAGUCCUAUGACAGGGGCCGCCUGGGCAGGAACGAGAACUCCUGCUGCCUGCAGUGGAACGGGCAGAACUACGUGGCCUGGUUCGGUGGCUUUGACUGCGUGAUACAGCAGCCUUUCUUCCAUACGAUUGGGGUGUACUUGGAGUACUCGGAGAAGGUGCUGACCUUCUAUGGAGUCAAGGAUUCCAAGAUGACGUGCUUGCAGCAGUUCAAAGUGGCUCGCUUCAAGAAGGGCCAUUUUGACCCCUUCCAGAAUAAGAUCAACCACCAGUUUCCGGCGCUCUUUACGCACAACCUCAAGCCAGCCUUCUUCCUUGAAAGCGUCGAUGCCCACAUGCAGCUUGGGCCUCUCAAGAAAGAUUGUGUUUCGGUGCUGAAGCGACGGUAACUCCUUCCGUGUGCGGUAGAGCAGGAAAGGAAUGGGUAAAGAGAUUUAAAACGGGGUCUUUCCUACAACAGCAUGUCACUUCCAUGAUACAGGGUUACUAGGCUCUUCGCCCAUAUAGCUGUCCCUGCUACCUUUUGAGUCAUUUGACUAGUGCCUUUAAAGAUAAGGGGCCUUUUCCGUGUUGGUCUUCUCUCUCUCUCGCCACCUCUUCGAUUUUUAGUCAUAGUUACAGUUUGUUCACACUGAGCUUAAACUCGAAGACCAAGUUUGUUACCUUUCACCUGCUGUUUGGGGAUUUGUUGAGGAUUGAUUCUAGUCUGAACUUUCAUUUUCUGUAUUAAUCCAAUAUAUUUAACACACACACACACACACAGUUUCCUGGUUCUGUACUCAUCAAUUCUAGGGCUUCUUCCUGCUCUCUUAGCCGGGGUGGUGGUGGCGGGGAAAAUAUCAGUGUUACUUUAAGACAGGAGUCAAAAUGUUGUUGGACUACAAGUCCCAUUACCCCUAACUAUAGGCCAGACUGACAGGGGUUGCUGGGAUUUGGAGUCCCCUAACAGCUGGCGAGCCACAGGCUCCCCACCUCUGGCACAGCUUGUGAGGAGUUACAAUUUUUUCUGUGGGCACUGAGCCAAAUCUUCUGAUUUAAACUGCUGUUCUUUAAGAUGGGAGCUGGUGGUUGAGUUGAAUCAGACGACCUACUGGAUUUCUUCUGUUUCUAGGAUAUCUUGGUUUUAGUAGAUAAUUACAGUUCUUCCUAUAAAUUGGGAAGGAUGGAAAAAUAAAACUUAGCUAGUUCAGAGACAGAACUGAUUUUUUACCAUUUGAAGAUUAUUAUUAUUUACCUCAUGGAUUCCCUGACAUUAACUGAAUUGCUGAAAUGCUUGUGUCUUUUAUUAGCCCCGUGGUCUCAGCAUUAUGGUUAUUUUCUGCAAGAGUUUUCUUCCAGUUAUUCAGUUUGUUGCCUAUCUGCCAAGGGUGGAUCUUUUACAAAAUAAAUGGCAGCAUACUGGGUGAAAAAUAUUAUGAAUUUGGUGAAACAUGAUGGUUAAUUGUAUGAGUUCACUCGUCCCUGCUGUCUGGGCUCAUGCAGUUCUUCCUGCCUACCAGCAAGAAACGGUGAGGUCACCAAAGUUAUUUUCUACUUCCCCUAAUGGAAAUAGCUACAGCGCAAUUGCUCACAAUAGCAACACACACACACACACACACACACACACACACACACACACACACACACACACCAUCAUUGGUCAGCAUAUGUUUUGGCGUUUUCAUCUUUCAGCCAGAUACUAAAUAUGUUAGUUUGACUUGAGUUGAACAAGAGACUCUACUUCCUGGUAGAUAUGCCUAUAAAUGCAGCCCUUACAAUUUCACCUAUUGCCAUUGGAACUAGUUAUUGAAAGAAUACCACAAUGAUAGUGUGAUUUCUGUAUUCUUACUGUAUUCUUAAAAACACUUUGGGGAUAAACUGGAACAAUAGGAAAUUUCACACUGAACCAAAAUUGGCUGUAUUAAUUGUUCCUCCAUGAGCAAAACAAUAAAGCCAGUAUAUUUGCUUCCUUAGGUAAUUAAUUCUGUGCUGCUGUUCACCCCAAUUUUGGGUGGUGGUAACCUUUCUGCUUUGUUUUAUUAUUAUUAUUAUUAAUACACAGUUGUAUAAUCUAACAUGUGUGAGGAAAUAAUAAGGAAAAAAGUUUAAAAGAAUCUAGUUGCCAUUAAAGAAUAUGCAAACAUA